AUGCGCCUGAGAACAUUAUUUUUUCAUUUUGUCAUUUUCAUUUCGAGUUUUUUAAAUUUAGCAAACGGUCAGAGUUUAAAAUCGUCGGAUGUUGGCACUUUGAGCGAGCUUUCGUUGGAUAAAUUGUUGGAGGUUAGGAAAAGUUUUUUGCUUGGCGAUUUGGGAAAUAAAGAAGUUAAUGGAAAUUUGACUGAUGAAAAGGAGAAUUUACCUGAGCCACUAGCUUUACAAGGCUUGGGCAAACGUAAACCAAACGACCGUGGUGGCUACCACACCUACGUUUACGAGGAUGACUACAAAAAACACGACAAAAAGGACGUCCAAAGUAUUUUCCAGAUAUCCGUCACAACCUUGGCUUUCCUCGCUUUUGGCGGUUACCUGCUUUGCCUACUUUGUCAAGCAAUCAGCGCCAAGAAUGAUUAUAACAACAACAACGCCAACACACAGGUGGUUCAGGCCAUCAUAAAAUCUCAAAAUAUUAGAAGAGGAACUAGAAGGCCCAAUGGAGUAAGAAGACCGACUUCGUAUAGAAAAAAGUAUCCCAACAGGUAUGGAAAUUUGAGACCCAGGCCGAGGGUUAAAAGAGAUGUUUGGGAUAUGGAAGAUACGGACAAAAUGUACUGGGCUUUGAUACGCUUAUCGGAGGGGUAUGCUGGGUAUCACACCAUUCAACGAGGCGGAGAAAAUCGAACUUACACGGAUUACUUAGAUUUUUAA